UCAGAGAGAGGAGGAGCACAGACCCAGGCUCGGUGGAUGAUAUCACUGUGUAGCUCUGUGCCUCUCUCACAUCCACAGCUGCAAUCCUGCUGCUGCUGCUGCUCCCCUCGCCUCUAUUCCAAGGAAAAAGCACACCCAGCCCAAGGAGGGGAGGCACGCGCCGCUGACAUCCCUUUUGUUCAUUCUUCUACCAGGUGGAUCCCUUCUUCUUAAGUCAUCCUGGGCUUGUAAAGACAAGGAGCCUCUGCUAUGUCUCUACCAUCAUGUGUCCUGGGGACCUUCCUAGUCACCCUGCUCUGCAGCAACCCCCGGGCAUUGGAUUUACCCAAGGACUCACAAUUAUUUCCUCCAUCUUUUACUGAGCAGCCCCCCAAAAAGUAUGUGGUGUACCCCAACGAUGAUAUUAUGCUCAAAUGUGAGGCGAAAGAAAAAACCAAAACAACGUAUUCAUGGGAGAAGGACGGGCUGCCGUUUGAGCCAAAUGACACCAGAGUGGUUCGAAGGAAAAAUUCGGGGUCCUUGACUAUUACCAAUUUCAACGGGAACAUGAAGGAGUUCCAAGGCAUGUACCGCUGCUUUGCCAGUAACGAGCUUGGCACAGCUGUGUCCAAUGAGGUCCAUGUCAUUACAGAAGCUAUGCCUAAAUGGCAGAAAGAGACCAUACGACCUGUUGAGGCUGAAGAAGGAGACUCAGUUGAACUGCCUUGCAAUCCCCCCAAAAGUGCCGUACCUCCACGGAUCUUCUGGAUGAACAGCACUCUUUCACACAUAAUUCAGGAUGAUCGUGUCACUAUGGGAAUGAAUGGAAAGCUGUAUUUCUCUAAUGUGAAGUCAACAGAUAACCAUCCAGACUACAUUUGCCAUGCCCAGUUUAUCGGAGCCCGAACCAUUGUGCAGAAGGAACCCAUCGAACUCAAAGUCUUACCCUCUAACUCACUGAAGUACCGUAAGCCCAAGAUGAUGAUGCCAGUUGGUAGUUCAAGUUCUCACUUGGCCUUGAAAGGCACUCCUCUGCAACUAGAGUGCAUCUCAGAAGGACUCCCUACCCCAGCGAAUGAGUGGAUAGCUAUCACUGGAGCUAUGGAUCCAAGGCGCUUUCAUUUCGAUGAGUUUAAGAAGAUGCUUCGGAUUGAAGAGGUCCAAGAAGAAGAUGAUGGAGAAUAUGAAUGUAUUUCCAGAAACACGGAAGGCGAAGUGAGGCAUACGUACACUGUCAGGGUGGAGUCUGCUCCAUACUGGAUUAACAGGCCGAAAGAUGAAAUCCGAAGUCCAGGAGAAGACGUUAAAUUUACCUGUGAGGUUGAAGGGAAACCCAGGCCCAAGAUCACCUGGAAGAUAAAUGGAGAACCCUUAACAGCUGCAGAUUUGGGUCCUGAUCGUAAAAUGGACAGUGGAAGAUUAAUUCUGCAGAACCUGAAGACAAGUGACACAGCUGUGGUUCAGUGUGAAGCAAGGAAUAAACAUGGACAUAUACUAGAGAACGCUUAUAUCUCUGUUGUUGAACUGGCCCCUGAAAUUCUUACUACUGAUAGAAUGAACUACUCUGCUGUGGAGAACACUAAUGUUCAUUUGCAUUGUAAAUUUUUUGGUUCCCCUACUCCAGACACCCUCUGGUAUGACAAGGAUAUGAGAUCUGUGGUAAUGAAGAACAGCUUCAACAUCCUCACUAAUGGCACCAUGGAAAUCACAAAAGUAACUAGUGAAGAUGAAGGAAUUUACUACUGUACAGCCUCAAACAGCCAGGGCAACAUGACCAUAUCUGCAUAUUUAGAUGUUAGAAAUGCUACUCAGAUAAUCACUCCACCAGAGACCCAGCGGGUGCGAAAGGGGGGCAAAGCAACUUUUCAGUGUAUACCAUUAUUUGAUCCCAGAAUGGAGGAUAAAACAGUGGAAUGGAAAAAGGACGGCGUGGACAUUACAGAACAUGCUGAUAAUGACAAAUACUUUAUUGAAGAUUUCUCUUUGAGUAUAGCCAAUGUUCAAGAAGAUGACCAGGAGAUAUAUACUUGUGUGGCCCGCAGUGAACUUGAUGUAGUAGAGAAAAAUGCAUCUCUUAUGAUGAUUGAUCUUCCAGAACCAGCUUAUGACUUGGAGCUUUCAGACCCUCAGGACACAAGUGUCAUUCUCACCUGGAUCCCAGGAAAAGAUAAUAACAGUCCUAUUGAUGAGUUCAUCAUAGAGUUUGAAGAAGACAACUUUGAGCCUGGAAUAUGGCAUGAGCUAACCCGGGUGGAUGGAGAUGAAAACACAGCCCGUCUGACUCUCUCUCCCUAUGUUAACUACCAGUUCCGAGUCAUUGCUGUAAAUGAGCUAGGUCCAAGCAAUGGAAGUAAGCCAUCAGAUCGUAUCAAGACCCCUGAAGCAGCCCCUUUGAAGAAUCCCAUCGAUGUCCGAGGUGAAGGCACAGAGCCAGACAACAUGAAGAUCACUUGGAAGCCUAUGAGAGGAAUUGACUGGAACGGGCCUGGAUUUGCAUACAUUGUCAAGUGGAGGCGACAGAAUCAAAAUGAACCGUGGAAGGAAAAGAUGGUCACAGAGAAUUUUUUGUUUGUGGAGAAGACCAAGACAUUUGUACCCUACGACAUCAAAGUCCAGUCUGUGAAUGACCUCGGCAAGGGUCCAGAGCCUAGACUUGUCACUGGCUACUCGGGAGAAGACGUGCCCACUAUUAUCCCUGAAAACAUUGGAUUAGAGGCUUUAAAUGAUAGCACCAUCAAAGUGGCAUGGCUACCGGUGCAGAAGGAGGGAUUGAAUGGAAGACUAAAGGGAUUUGUGGUCCGAUAUGUUGUUCAAAAUGAAAAGCAUAAAAGCAAGUUAACCGUGCAUGGAAACGUUACCCAUACAUCCAUCAAUGGUCUGAAGCCUUUCACCAACUAUUCAGUGACUGUCCAUGUACUUAAUGGAAAAGACGAGGGCCCUGAAAGUGAGACACAGACGAUUCGAACAGAGGAGGGAGUUCCAUCACCACCCAGCGGCCUUCGUUUUGAACGCCUUUCUGACACCUCUUUGGCACUAUUUUGGGGGCCACCUGAACAUCCCAAUGGAAUCAUAACAGGCUAUAAAAUUUCUCACGAUCUAGUGAGAAAGGAUCACACCAACUCAUUUCUGCUACAAACAAUUGAUGACCCGGCUCAGCAGACCUGGACGUUCCACAACAUGAGCAACAAAGAUACUUACAAGUUCUAUGUCUAUGCCAAGAACUCUGCAAGAGAAAGUCUUCCUGCCAAGAUAGUAGGCAGCACAAUGAAAGAUCUAGAAUUUCCACCAGUUCUGAACAUUACAGUUUCGAGGACAGCCAAGUGUAUCACCAUAAAAUGGAGACCAUUGGAGGGACAGAGAAAUGUUGAACUCAAAGUACAGAUGAAGAACAAGAGCAGUGAUUCGUGGCAGCAAUACGAUGUGAAUGCUUCUGAAGCCGAAUUCAAAAUUGUUGAACUGCAACCGAGUGAAAAUUAUUAUGUUCGUAUUUUGGCGUUAAAUAACACUCGUUAUGAAGAAAUUUGGGGAGUUGAGACUCACACUUUACCUUUAGCUGUACCUGACGAGAAGGGAUUUGCAUCACAGGGCUGGUUUAUUGGCCUGAUAAGUGCUAUAAUUCUGCUGCUUCUCAUCCUGGUCAUCCUGUGCUUCAUCAAACGUAGCAAAGGUGGAAAAUAUUCAGUGAAGGACAAAGAAGACACCCAAGUGGAUUCUGAAGCUCGCCCAAUGAAGGAUGAAACGUUCGGGGAGUACAGUGAUAAUGACGAGAAACCAUUUACUAGCAGCCAACCUUCCCUCAAUGGUGAUGUCAAGCCCCUCGGAAGUGAUGACAGCUUGGCUGACUAUGGUGGAAGUGUGGAUGUCCAAUUCAAUGAAGACGGCUCCUUCAUUGGCCAAUACAGUGGCAAAAAGGAAAAGGAGCCUGCUGGGGGGAAUGACAGCUCCGGCGCAACCUCUCCGGUUAACCCUGUUAACAUUCCAAUCGAGUAAAAAAAAAAAUACAACGCGUUUUUGAUGGAGGAAGGUCUUAGGGGAAAUAUAUCAAGAAUGAACACUUGGGGGGCCAGUGGGAAGAACUGGAUGGAUCUGGAGAAUUUAUUUUUUGCUUGCAAACCUAUUAACCAUUUUGGUGCUAGAGCAGCAAGUAAUAUAUUAUGUGGUAAGUCUCUCUUGCACCAAACGGGUCGAACUGCUGUACUAUUUUUUGACUGCAACUCCAUGACGUGUACUAGGAAAAGAAAAACAUAGGAGGAGGAAAAGGAUAGGUGCCAACAGAUUUUGGGUACCAGUGUUGUCAUAUUAUUUAAUAAAAAUGAACAAAAAGUGGUGAAAAAUACAAGAAAGGAUAAAAGAAAAAAAAAAAGAAAAACCAAAGGAAGAAAAUAAAAAG